AUGGUCUAUCAAACUUGGUGGUCAUGGGGAAGCGCAGAUGGUGCUAUGCGCUCAAGUGCUUUUAGGUUACCCGGCGUUAGGUGGGGGCGGGGACGGGUGGACUUGCACCACCUACAUCUAGGCUUGAACAAUCAAUUGAUAAUUAUCACAUUCUCCAGAAUUUGCUCGAAUUUGAUCAAGAGAAUAAUGCUUUUUCAACACUAUGGUAACCGUGGUAUAUCCAAACCCGAACGCCGAAUAAAUGCAAUCGCUAAUCUAGAUGGGGUAUUCAUCAAGUCAUGUCUUUCAAAACAUGCUGCUUUGUUUCUUUUUCAGGGUGCUGCCACCCGACUCACUGGAGCUGCGUAGACCCCAGAAGCUCUUCUUUUUCAUCUUUUGCUGGCCGUC